AUGGCCAUCCGAUCGGUACUUAACCAAGCACUAGAUCACGGCAUCACCAACAUCAAACUCUACUCAGACGCUCAGGAUCUCAUCCGAGCCAUCAACUCGCAGGAGCAAUUGAAAGAGCUAGCUCAGGCUUAUGAAGUUCUUAUUAACCCGGAGAAGAGAGAGAUAUAUGACCAGUAUGAAGUAGACACACUCAAGGAAGGAACGGGUGGUGGAGGAGGUGGUCAUGACCCAUUCGAUAUCUUCUCAUCCUUCUUUGGUGGUGGGAGCCCGUUUGGAGCAAGGAGAUGGGAAGGACCGAAGGAGGAAGCCGGAUGGAGUUUGAUAGAGCCGCGUAAAGGUGUGAUUCACACAAUAGGGACACCUCUUGAUGUUCCUUUAGACAAUGGUGAAGCCACUAGAGAUGGAGAUGAGGAAACAGAAUUAAGAAUCGAUCAAGAUGUUCCUACAAAGUUGAGAGUAUACCUUGUUGAUGCUUUUGCGUUAUGA